UAUCUUAAUAAUGAUUACAAUAAACAAAAAGCAUUAAAUCAAAAUCAAUGUCCACGUUCUAACAACCUUCUUUAAAUCAUCAAUUAAUAAUAAAAAAGGAUCUUUAGUUUAGAAACAAAAUAAAAACAGAUUUAGAAAAAGACCCUCAAAACCCGGAAAAAUACAAACAAAAACCAGCUCUCUUCCAAAGAUCAUAAAAAUCCAUGGCAGGAAAAUGUAAAGAGCAUCAGCAACAGUAGGCAUAAUAAAAGCUGAAAAGAAGAAAACAAGAUCCACCUCGAACGCCCCUCCCACCCCCCCUCCCUUAACCUUCCUUCAAACUCUUAAAAACAAAAUCUUCACUUCAUUUUUUCCUCCUUCCUUUCAUUUCAUAUACCUCUCUCCCCAAGACUCAAUAUUUUUUCACUUUGAGAGAGAGGUACAAGGAAAAAAAAAAAAAAAAAAGAAGAAAAGAUUACAACUUUAUUGAAGAACAAAGAUUACUCCAUUUUUUUGCACACUCUUUUUGUUUGUUUUUUAUGGGCUUUUGUUUUUUUCUCUAGCUCAUCUUUGUUGAUUGAUACUACUUGUUGCUAUAAUCAAUUUUCACUGAUUGGUGUAUUCUUCUUCUUCCACAAUUUUGAUUUUUUUUAGUGUUCCAAAACCAUCAAUAAUUCUCCCAACCCAGAUUUUCUUUUUCACUGAUUCUGGUUAAUUUGAAGUCUCCAAAAUCAUUUCUUUGGGGGGGGUAAAAGAAAAAGUAUGAGGGAUGAUGAGAAUUGGUUUGCUAAAUGGGAAGAAGAACUCCCUCCUCCUGAAGACCUUAUACCUUUAUCCCAAACCCUAAUCACACCUGAUCUAGCCAUAGCUUUUGAUAUUCGGAAUCCUAACGGCAGCCCACGUCAGCAUCACCACCAGCAGAGCAAUCAGCCAUCGUUGCCGCCGCCUCCCCCAUCCCAAGCUCAGAAUACUCCCUCUUCCCAGCCCAAUUCGUCGGCUGAGUUUGACUCCUCCGAGCUGGGCGGCACCGGCGGCGGGAGUGGUGGCGCCGGAGCUGGUUCAGGAGGUGAAGAGCCCGCAAGGACUCUGAAGCGGCCCCGGUUGGUGUGGACUCCACAGCUUCACAAAAGAUUCGUGGAUGCUGUGGCCCACUUAGGGAUCAAGAAUGCCGUCCCAAAGACAAUAAUGCAGUUAAUGAGUGUUGAUGGGCUGACCCGGGAGAAUGUUGCCAGCCAUUUGCAAAAAUAUAGGCUUUAUCUGAAAAGAAUGCAGGGGAUUUCCAACGGUGGCGGCGGCGGUGGUGGAAUCAAUGUUAAUGGUUCAAUGGGUGCAGGUGGGGGUGACCCUGAUUUGUUUGCCAGUACCCCUGUUCCUGCUCAUUUUCUUCAUCCGGGUAGGCCGAAUUCGGACCAUUUCUUGCCAUUUGUACCGGUGACUGCAAUGCAGCAUCAUCAUCAGAUGGCUGCUGUGGUGGGGCAGCAUCAUCAUCACCAUCCACAGCUACAGGGCCAGUUUAGACAUUAUGGUACAUCACCCCCCAAUGGCCAAUUUGAGCAUCCACUUUUGUCUAGGCAAUCGCAGCAGCAUGUUCAGAGAAUGGGGACACCUGUUCAUAGCAGUAGUGUGAUGCCAUCUUAUGUGGAGGAUAUUGAAUCAGCUACGCCUACUGCCAACGGGAGGAAAGUUCUUACUCUGUUUCCAACUGGGGAUGAUUGAAUUCGGGGGGGACAUGGUUGUGUUUGGCUUUAGUUGUUGGGGGAUCCGUUCAAAGUGUCAGUCUGGAGUCUUUUAGUUUAAGUUGACAAACCCCCUACAAGUGUAAUUAUAUUGCGGGUUACAAUCCAUCUUCUCCAGUCUGCUUGUGGUGGAAAGUUGACAGAUACAUUGAUCAUGAGUCGAUACUCUCCAUUCUGCUUCUGGUGGCGGAUAAUGUCUAUGAUGUCACUUUGGGCGGCAAUAAUCUUAUACAAGUCAAUAAGAUCAGCUGUCACCGCAGUAUCCAUUCAAUUGGUUCUCCUAGAGUUGCUGAAAUCCCUGGGUAAUAUAUCCGGUUGGUGAUGAAUACCGAUGGACAAAAGUCAAAUCAUAGUUAUGCCUAGAUUCUUAGAUACAGAUAAACACCCAUGGACUAUGAAUGUGCAUUGGAUUUUUGGCCACAUCGAGACUCCCCUGCAUAGGAGCAUAAAUAUUGUCUUUCAGUUUUGUAUCUUGUAGAUGUGAGUCCUGCUUCUUGUAAAUUGUGUGGUUGAUGGCAGACAUUUAAACCCUAUUAGCGGGAAUCUCAAUUAGAGGAGAAUGACUAUUCUGAUUUUAUUAGCGUGUUGUUACCUAAAGAUUGAUUUCUCAUGAGAAGUUGAUAUAUUGCUGCCUUUGCUGAAAUUGCCUGGUUGAACUCCAAGAUAUCUUUUGUACUCUAUGUGGUGUGGCAUUAAUGUAUUAGGUUGUAUAGUGAGCAUGUCAAAAACAAGUAUCUUCUAGUCAAUCUGCUGAAUUUGGAAGUUACGUUUGCUCGUUAUUGAUUAUUUUCACAUCAUCCAGUUGAGCUUAAUUGUUUUCUUCAUGCACCUUCUUUUGUGUUUACUUGUUAAUGAUGGAUUUGACAAUACAGGAGGUUAAUAAUGUCUCCAGUGUUAAUGAGGAACUGAAUUUUGGAAAUUCAUCGCCUUGUUUUCUUGCAUUACACUUUUGGUGAUUCCUCUUGAUGGUCUGCUUGGACAGAACUUAUACUCUAAUUAACUACUCUUUGCAUCUUUGAAGGUUUUUAAUUUCUUUGAGAUUCAACAAUAGUUCUGAAAUAUCACAUUUGCUGGAUACGUGUGUUCAUUAUUUGGUUCUGAUGGAGCUUGAAACUCUCUUUCCAUUUCUUCAGUCACUGACAAAUUUACAUUAACGUGAAUGAUAUGUUUUGUUGAUCAGCCCUUGUGCUUUUUUCCAACCAUGUAAUUUUUGGAUCAUGAUGAAUAUGCAUGGCAAACUAAUGAUUGAUAUUAAGAUUUCUGUUCCGAUCUUGUUUCUACUUUAUGAAAACCGUAUAAAUGACCACAGAAGAUUAAUUCCAUCUUACUAGAAAAAUUUUACCUUUGCAAACUGGCUUUACUUCUAGGGGCGAAUGCUCGUAAUAAUCAAAAGCAUUAUGAAUCGACAAUCUCUCCUCAGUUCCUGUGGAAGACUCUGAUCGGAAAUGUGGAUGUUUAUGAUCGCAUUUUUUCUAUCCUGCAAUAAGGAUCAUGACAGUUUUUCUGGCAUUCAAAAUUUGGGAAGUUGGGGGAAAUGGAGAAAUGCAUCCUUUAUACUUGAUCACAAAGUAUUGCUGAAAUUAAUUGAAACUUUUAACUGCUAGACAAGGCUUCCAAUGCUUUUUGGAUCAAGUGUUCGGGCAACUAUCCAUGGAAAUUUUUAGAAAGUAAUGACAGUAGAAAAGAGAUAACAUAAGUGUGUUCAUGCAGUUGGCUAGAUAGGAUGAGGUAAUGUAUUCAUUACAAAGAAUAGUGGGGGCACCCAGUAGAUAAGAAUAAAGAUAAAUACAUUUUAAGUUGGGUUAGACAUGUGUGCAUGAUAUCUUUGAUUGGUCCUAUGUACUUUUAGAAAUAGAGAAUUAUUUACUCAAAUUGAGCGCGAAUAGGGAAUACCUGGAACUAAAAGAUCCGAAGAUACAUGAAAUUCCUCCUUAGAAACUGUGUUUCAAAACAGUGUGAUGGGUAGAUAUGGUCCACGUAAUGGUUCUCACUGUAUAUAGCGGUUUUUGCAUUAGAAGACCAGACAUGCUUAUCUGCUCUGCAUUAUGGUUGUGGUCUCUGAUUCUCAACUAAAGUUUCCAGAUAUCGUCUUGUUUGAAUUUUCGUAAUUUCUAGGCUUUGCAUGAAUAUUUAAGGUCAAAGAUCGAACAAGAGGUCUUUUUCCUAUCUUUCUGACUAUGCUGUAAACAUCCUGACUAAUUCUGGUUGCAGCAGUGACUAGGACUUGUGCUACACGCGUACAUUUAUCCAUCUACAUAAGUUUUCUUUGUAGUUUGUAGCAUAACAUAAAUUCUGCAGCUUUCUCUUUAGUUUGGAAUCAUAGUGCAUAUCUUAGUUAAUUGUUCAAUCAUGGCGCGGUUGUCAAAAUUAGAUGCUAAUUAACCAUUACAAAGUUGAUUCAGGAUUAAUAGUUCUGCAGUUUGUUGUAGUGCUUGCUAUAGAUAGGAGACGGAGUAACAGCUGCUGCUUGUCUAUUGUUAGUUACAACAGUUUGCUGAAAAUAGUGGAACCAUGAUAAGAGGCUUCUUUCGCUGGUUAAAGGACAGAAUUUGCUUCUAGAGUAUAUAUUGUCACCUUGUGCCGAAUGAAAUGAGAACUCAAAUAUCUGACUUCUUUUAGUAGAAUGUAGCAAGUUUGUUGUUUUGAGCAUGAUUGUAAAUGUCUCUUGAAGAGUUUAGUUGAUCAUGAAGAUACAUGUCUCUUAAAGAGUUGAUCAUGCAGCAACAGAUCUAAGAUUUCCUAUCUUGCAAAUAGGCUUAUCUUGAAUUCUGAAAGCUAAAUGCAUGACCUUGGGGAGAAAGAAUCUGGCAAAUAACAAACCAAACGAUUCUGAGCUAUUUGGAUCUCCAGAUUCCUUUUGUUAUCCGGGAACGGGAUCACUUUUUCAUCACUGUUCAAUUAUUUGAUCAUUCUUUCUUCCUGCAACAGUCGUAGAAUUGAAUCAUUGAUGUCUGAUCCAUGUGGACAAUAAACUUCACUGAAUCCAAGUGAUGCAAUCAGAUGAUUCAAUUCUACAAAUGGAUUCACACUCUGUUAUGUUCAAUUCUACAAUCAGAUGGUGAUAUAAACCUGACUCGUUUGUUUCGCGAGUAACAGAGACACGAUUAAAACAAAAGCCCUUAACAACAAAAGUAGAUUUGGCAUAGUACUAAAGGUGCUUAGUAAAUCUGUUAGAGAUUUAAGAAUUAAAUCGAAUUGCAUUAGAGUUAUGUGAAGCGAGAAUUUUUUCUACAUUUAUGUGAGGCUUACCGGAAAAUUUCGGUCUUAGCUACCAUUGCCUACUAUGAUAUCUGAAAACAUUACUGAAAUGGCUAUAUUGUUUGGUGAAAUGACGUUAUUAAAGUUAAAUAGACAAGAUAGAUUCAACAACGGAGGAGAAGUCAAGG